AUGAAAAGGUAUAAGGGACACAGUCUCUGCGAGUCAGUUUUACCCUUUCCAAAUCCGCUUAGACCGAUCAGAGAAGUGGUAUCGGUCUCGAGGGAGUGCCUCCGUCAUCCGUCCCGCAUUGCAGGUGCACCUCUUUUAGUGUUUAUUUAUUUCUUAAAUUAUUUUACAUGUUUUCCAUAUUUUCUUGGUUGUAGCUUUGUUUCUGCCUUGAUUUAUUCCCCUGAAAUGGCUUGGCUAAAUUUAUGCUCAAUUCAAAUGUGGGGGAUUAACAACCCCUAAAUUGAGUUUGUCUUAAAUGUGCUGAUUUCGGACUAAUGUGGGCUCAUAAUUCUAGGCUAGUGGAUAAAAAU